AUGGAGGACUUCCACUUCACCACGCGCGCGCUCAGUCAUCCUGAAAUCCUGCGACGCAUCAUUACCCAGCUCACAAACCCCUCGCUGGCGCGUGCAGCCCGCGUGGCCCGGAGCUGGUUCGCGCCUGCCACUGAUGCACUGUGGCAGUAUGGCUCUCUGGCGCACCUCCAGAGGGUCAAGCCCGACAAGCGGCGGCAGCAGUACGCAUCCAAGAUGACGGAUCUCGCCGUCGAAAAUAAGCACCGGUCCUGGGACUACACAAUUGCCAGGAAACUGAAAUUUGAGAAAAUUACAUCUGCUUCCUUUAUCGAUUAUCUGGCGGACCAGGAUCGCUUGUGCAAGUCCUGCCAGCCCUUCAAGUCGUCGCCGGUCAAUGAAGUCACCAUCAUGGACUCGAUCGUCCACGACGCCUUCUUUGAAUGCAUCGCGGAGCUGUGGCCCAAUAUUAGCAAGAUCUACAUUGGGACCCUCUUCCCCAGUGAAAUCACCCAACAAGCCUUUCUCGACUUUGUCAAGUCCCGUCCGUCGCUGGAGAGCCUCGAUGUGCAGGAGGGUGAAGACGAUCUUCAAGGACAAGAUUUGUUUCCGCACUGCGCCACAAGAGCCGAGCUCACCGCUCUCCGGUUGCCCUUUGACAUAUCUACCGAGGUUGUGCAAAAGACCAUCGCGCAAGAGGGCAAUCUUUUCCCCUCUCUCAAAAGUCUCUUCAUAACAAUGCCUUCCGACGCCUUCUCGCUUUUGCUCGGCCCGUUUCGGAACCUCACAGACCUAGAGAUCGAAGUGACAGACGUUACGACGGCCAUUCUAUCCGACAUAUCUUCUAUCACAGCACUCGAAAGACUCGUCGUCAUUUUGCCGUGCAACUAUGACCUCCCCAAGAAGGAGAUUUUGUCGCUUCGCUCGUUGACCAAGAUGCGUGACCUCUACUUGAACCGGGACGGCCUCGAUGGAGACGUGAUGGAGGCUGAAGAUCUCGAGCAGCUGGAUUUCAUCGAUGCCGACUUUGAAGAACUCGUAUCUCACUUUCCAGGCCUCUGCUCCCUCACCUUUUUGUGCGAAUGUACCCUCACCGCCAGAGCCCUGCUCUCUCUGGCUGACCACUGCCCGCGUCUCGGCAGUGUGACACUGCCGAGCGAUGUAGACUUGUACGGCCUUGGUCUGGACACGCGCAAAAAAGUUUUAUUCCCGGAGCUUUGGUCUCUACGACUCGAAUCGCUCUACACAUCCCAGUACACUGGUGAAGUAGUUGGGACCCAGAACGGCCGCGGGUUGGAAGGGGAGGCGCAAGGCCUCUUCUCUGUUCAGCUGAGGAGUGAAUUGAACAGUCCACGGACUCGUCGCCGCGGUACCGAUUUUGAACAUCUCUCCAAGCGCAUCGGAGAGCAUUUUCCAAAACUAACCGACAUGGCAAUCAAGGAUACGGAAAGAGGCUUUGCGGAUCUAGCGUCUAGCUUCGCCCCGUCCGUCAAGAGUCAUCGGCGAAGAGUGCGCGAAAAGGUGGCGAGCGAUCUAGAAUUGACCGAGGUCAAGGGUCCAUGGAUUGGAAGCGUCUGUGAGAUGGAAGAUGACGAGGCCUAUGGCUUUGACACGGAGGAAGAGGAUCCCAGCGAGGACGAUGAAUACUAUCGCUAUGGUGCUGAAGAUAUUGACUAUGAAGAGGACGACGAAUCGGAUGACUCGGUAUCCAUCACAGGCCCUGUUUCAUCAACAAUGCCAGGGGGCGAUGUUCAGCUGGGAGGGCUAACAGACUCGGAUGAUUCUAGUUCUAGCUGGGAGGAUUUGGUGUAUCUAAAGGCACAAAUUACGGAUUUGUACCUCACCUUGUCACGCAUGCGUCAAUCGGAAAGGGGCGAGCAUGGAAUUAAUGGACAACUUGCCAAGUCAAUUCCAAGUCUACCCUCUGCCACAGCUCGCGAAAACAUGCCCAAUCUUCUAAUACAUUUCAGAAAUGAAAGAACACAACGGUCAGUGCAUGGGCAGCGCGAUGACUUCAUCAGUCAACUACGAAGCCGCGAAAAUGAUAUCCUCAAACUCGCCGCAACGAAAUGUGGCCAACCGACUGCCGAGUUCUUCCAAUCGGAAGUCUGUGGCGACUACUAUACUCGCGGUAGCUAUAACGCGACAUUUUUCAUCAGGCUCGCCAAUGGGCAGAAGUGUGUCUUGCGUAUACCGCUGCGGCCGUGCCUGGCAUACUGUCCACACCGCAAACUAGAAUGUGAGAUCGCCACGAUGCAAGUCAGACACUUGUCAAAUUGCACCACAAUCCCAGUCCCGAAAGUCAUGGCGUACCGCAUAGAGAAGGCCGAUGAUCCGCUAUCCACGUUUGCUAUUCUCGAACAUAUUGAUGGAAAACGCCUCUCGCCCGCCGAAUUGGAUAAUACACCUAGCGAAAACCGACUCGAGCUAUACAAGUCUCUAGCAGAUGUCUACAUUCAACUGCGACGCCAGGAAUUCCCGUCAAUCGGCAAGCUUACGAAAGGCGUGGAUAGAGUGUGUGUUGGCGAGAAGACAGCGUCCAUAAUGAUGAAUAUGAUGCAGCUCGAAGGCUUGGACCCCAUACAUAUUCAAAAUUCUUAUCACGACGAGUCGGGGCUCCUCAAAUCUGCCAAUAUCUACACAAAGAUGCUGCUGAGCAUUGGAUACAGUGCUUUUCUGAAGAGCCCAAAUGCCGUGAUGGUCGACAUGGGCCUAGAAAAUUUGCACCAUCAUUUCUUGUUCAGCAAGUACGUUGAGACAUGGAUAGAGCCUGGCCUUGACGAAGGACCCUUUGUGCUGAUCCAUGGUGACUUGCACUUGUCGAACAUGGUAGUCGACGACGACCUGCGCCUCGUUGGCGUGCUCGAUUGGGAGUGGAGUCGUGUUGUACCAGUUCAAUAUUUUUCGCCGCCUCUGUGGCUGUCCAACAGAAAUGAGGUCCAGUUGGCCUAUCCUAUUUCGUGGGAGUGUUAUUGUGUUACAGAGUUUGCCAAGUUUCUGCGAGUGGUCAAAUCGCGAGAGGAGGACAUGUAUCAAAAUAACCUACUUUACGACGAAUGGACAAGGAAGAUGACUGACCGUGCCGGACCAUUAGUCGCCAAUGCCCUCGAAAACUGGACCGAUGUGGAUUGGUUUAUUUUUCAACGAUCAUUCGAUCAGGAUCCCUCGCUAAAAGAGACCGCCUUGGAAGCCUCGCAGAAAUGA